CGCAAGCAAAAGCAAAACGAAGCGGAGCCAAAGCAAGCGGCGCGCGAGCGGGUCGACACGCAAGCCCGGCGUGACGCUCAUCAUCUCCCCUCGCCUCCUCCGGUAAUAACGCCGCUCAUCCCCCCGGCCGCUCGCCUUAAACUAAAGCGCUUCUAAAGCCUCCGGAGCAACCAACCCCAAAACCUCUCUCGAGUCCGACUGGGUGCUCUCGUCUUCCUCCUCCACUCCCCCGCGCGGUUGACCCCGGCGACUGGCUGGUAGGUAAGGCAACCGCCCUUCCGAUCUCUUCGAUUUCCCCCGCUUUGGUUACCGUACGCUUGUUUGCUGCGCCGAUGCUUGUUGUUUGGGUAGCUCAUGGCAGCGAGCGCGCGGCUUGGGAGGGAGCCCAUGAGAUGGUUCGCGUGAGCCCUGAAUUUUAGAGAGCUGCUUGCCGCGUUUGGUUAGGAGAACGAGGUGAUUCUAUCCAUGGUCUUGUCUGCGUCGAUGAAGUGGGGGAUUUAGUUGUUAUUAGUCGGCGGCGCAACACCUAAUCAGCAGGAAGAAGUUGCCCCCUCCUGUUCCUUCCGUCCAAGGGAGAUGUUUAUCUCAGAUCCAUCCAGACUAACACUCACUUCCUGUCGGCAGGGUUAGGGAUUCUGAUUCGGAUCCUGAUACUCACACGAUCCCUUCUGAUUCAUGUGAGCCGAGUUAUCAGGCGUGGCCCCUGUCUUAGGAGAUGCUAGCAGAUUCAUGUGUGACAAUGGAUGGAAACGCUAGAGGAGGUGGGCAUUCUGAAGCCUUAAAGAACUACAAUCUGGGCAGAACAUUAGGUAUUGGCACAUUUGGAAAAGUGAAGAUCGCAGAGCAUAAGCAUACAGGACACAAAGUUGCUAUAAAGAUCCUAAACCGUCGUCAAAUGAGAACUAUGGAAAUGGAAGAGAAAGCAAAGAGAGAAAUCAAGAUAUUGAGGUUGUUCAUCCACCCCCAUAUCAUCCGACUUUAUGAGGUCAUUUACACCCCUACAGAUAUAUUUGUUGUGAUGGAGUAUUGCAAGUAUGGUGAGCUAUUUGACUGCAUUGUUGAGAAAGGAAGGUUACAGGAAGAUGAGGCUCGCCGAAUCUUCCAGCAGAUUAUAUCUGGUGUUGAAUACUGCCACAGAAAUAUGGUUGUUCAUCGUGAUCUGAAGCCAGAAAACCUGUUACUCGAUUCAAAAUAUAAUGUGAAACUUGCUGACUUUGGCUUGAGUAAUGUCAUGCAUGAUGGCCAUUUUUUGAAGACUAGCUGUGGCAGUCCAAAUUAUGCUGCUCCAGAGGUUAUCUCCGGUAAAUUAUAUGCUGGACCUGAGGUUGAUGUUUGGAGCUGUGGAGUGAUCCUUUAUGCACUUCUUUGUGGUAGUCUUCCAUUUGAUGAUGACAAUAUUCCGAACCUGUUCAAAAAGAUAAAGGGAGGUAUCUAUAUCCUUCCAAGUCAUUUAUCUGCUCUGGCAAGGGAUUUGAUCCCAAGAAUGCUUGUUGUUGAUCCCAUGAAGAGAAUCACAAUUCCUGAAAUCCGAGAGCAUAAUUGGUUUCAGAAUCGCCUUCCUCGCUACUUGGCAGUGCCUCCACCAGACACAGCACAACAGGCCAAAAUGAUUGAUGAAGAUACUCUUCAAGACGUUGUCAACUUGGGAUAUGAAAAAGACCAUGUGUGUGAAUCACUCUGCAAUAGGCUCCAAAAUGAGGCGACUGUUGCAUAUUAUUUACUGUUGGACAAUCGGUUCCGAGCUACUAGUGGUUAUCUGGGUGCAGACUAUCAAGAAUCAAUGGAUAGGAGUUUUAAUCAGUUUACUUCAUCGGAACCAGCAAGCUCAAGCACCAGGAAUUAUCUCCCAGGAAGUAGCGAUUCUCAAGGCAGUGGCUUGCGGCCAUAUUAUCCUGUUGAAAGAAAAUGGGCUCUUGGUCUUCAGUCUCGAGCUCACCCUCGUGAGAUAAUGAUUGAGGUUCUAAAGGCGCUUCAAGAAUUAAAUGUCUGCUGGAAGAAGAAUGGACAUUACAACAUGAAAUGCAGGUGGUGCCCUGGAUUUCCUCAGGUCAGUGAUAUGGUAGAUGCCAACCACAGUUUUGCUGAUGAUUCUACCAUCAUGGAUAACGUCAAUGUAAAUGGGAGGCUACCUGCUGUGGUCAAGUUCGAAAUCCAGCUUUACAAGACCAGGGAUGACAAGUACCUGCUGGAUAUGCAGAGAGUUACUGGACCACAGCUUCUUUUCCUGGAUUUCUGUGCGGCGUUCCUUACCAACCUUAGGGUUCUAUAGUGCCUGUUCUGCUGGAGAGUGCUGAAUAACAGAACAUAUGUCUCUGUCGCGUGUGGUCUAUCACUGCAGUGAUAAAUAAACGACACCGUGUAAAUAGGUGUGUUUUUACCCAGUCCUUGACAGCGAACAGUGUUGUUUGAGUGACUAGUCUUGUAUCAAGCACCAGAAGGUUAAUCGGUUGUUACAAGACUUGCAUAGUAAAUAGGCUGUGGUGAGGUAUGAGGGUGGAUCCUUGUGUGGCACUUGCUGGUGAGGAUGAUGCAUCGGAAACUUUGUGAUAUUAAAAAGAAGAUUAGGCUUCUAUUCACAUUACUGUUGAACA